CAACUUCAAAAGCGCCUUGGCUUACAGCUGUACAUAUCUUUCAGUUGUUUCUAUUGUCGGUUACUCAUGGAAGCGAUGAUCGAGAGGGUCAUUUUCGAGCAAUGCCAUCCCUGGCUAAUACUAUUGUAAAGGAUUCUGCUUUGUGGGUAAGAGGAAACGUCAGAGUUAAAACUCUAUGCGCCAUGAUGUGUUUGGCGGAUGUGUCUUGUAGUUCCUUCUUCUACAGCAGAGACACUGAGAGCUGCCUCGGUCACUGCAACGUCUUCACAUCCACAGCAACAGCUACAGCAGCUGCGGGUACUGCUUACUACAAAAAGAACGUACAAGCAGGCACAGAAGCAGACGGAUGUCUAACGUCAUCAAAUGCGAUAGCCACAACUACAGCAGCAGCGACAGUAAUUACUUCUGACACCACAGCAUUAUCGACAGUCUUGCUCACUACAACCAUGCCCCUUACCACAACGCCGGCAACUUCAAUUGCAGCUACUUCACCUCUUACAGCUGCAACUUCAUUCCUGACACUUGCCACUACAACUAUUACCACCCCAACAGGAAUCCCUACAACUACCCAAACAACUACAUCUCAGACCAUUUCUGCUAAUGCUCCAGCUCCAACCACUACAACUAUUACCACCCCAACAGGAAUCCCUACAACUACCCAAACAACUACAUCUCAGACCAUUUCUGCUAAUGCUCCAGCUCCAACCACUACAACUAUUACCACCCCAACAGGAAUCCCUACAACUACCCAAACAACUACAUCUCAGACCAUUUCUGCCAAUGCUCCAGCUCCAACCACUACAACUAUUACCGCCCCAACAGGAAUCCCUACAACUACCCAAACAACUACAUCUCAGACCAUUUCUGCUAAUGCUCCAGCUCCAACCACUACAACUACAACUACCAUCACCACCACAACAACAACUCCUACAACUACAAUUACGAAUCCUACCAAUACAGCUACAAUCACCGCUACAACAACUCCUACCACUACAACUACAACUACCAUCACCGUUACAACAACAACUCCUACCACUACAAUUACGAAUCCAACCACUACAACUACAAUCACCACUACAACAACAAUUCCUACCACUACAAUCAUGAUUCCAACCACGACAACGCUAACGACCAUCACCACUACAACAGCAUCUCCUACCACUACAAUCACAAUUCCAAUCACGACAACUACAACUACAACAACCAUCACCACUACAACAACAACUCCUUCCACUACAAUAUCGAUUCCAACCACGACAACGCUAACUACCAUCACCACUACAACAACUCCUACCACGACAACCACGAUUCCAACCACGACAACUACAACUACCAUCAGCACUACAACAACAGCUACUACCACUACAACCACGAUUCCAACCACUACAACUACCACCACCACUACAACAACAGCUCCUACCACUACAACCACGAUUCCAACCACUACAACUACCACCACCACUACAACAACAGCUCCUACCACUACAACCACGAUUCCAACCACGACAACUACAACUACUACAACUUCAACCCCCACUACUACAACCACUACAACUACUACCACAACAACUACAACUACUACCACAACAACUACAACGCCUGUGAUUGUAUUAGGUCCUGUCACGUACACGUAUUACCACUACACAUUACCUUGGGAAUCAGCUCGCGCAACAUGUCAGAACAAUGGCGGCGAUCUUGCCUCUCUGGACUCUGCACAGCGACUACAAGACGUCAUCGACUAUUUCAGUGCUUACAGAUCGAUGGGGAAAUCUGUUUACAAUUCUGUGUAUGCUGGCAUGAAACGGAGCUCCUCCAACAGCGUGCUCUACUGGAACAGUGGCAACACCGUUGGCAGCGUCACCGUCUGGGCAUCUGGCUACCCACGUGUGAGCGAUGGUUGUGGGUACACAUCGCCAUUUGAAAGUUUUCAGAUGCGGACCGUUUAUUGUACCCAAGCUUUAGCCUUCCUGUGUGAAACACCAAUCGUCGCUGUCCCGACUACAACGCCUGUGAUUGUAUUAGGUCCUGUCACGUACACGUAUUACCACUACACAUUACCUUGGGAUUCAGCUCGCGCAACAUGUCAGAACAAUGGCGGCGAUCUUGCCUCUCUGGACUCCACACAGCGACUACAAGACGUCAUCGACUAUUUCAGUGCUUACAGAUCGAUGGGGAAAUCUGUUUACAAUUCUGUGUAUACUGGCAUGAAACGGAGCUCCUCCAACAGCGUGCUCUACUGGAACAGUGGCAACACCGUUGGCAGCGUCACCGUCUGGGCAUCUGGCCACCCACGUGUGAGCGAUGGUUGUGGGUACACAUCGCCAUUUGAAAGUUUUCAGAUGCGGACCGUUUAUUGUACCCAAGCUUUAGCCUUCCUGUGUGAAACACCAAUCGUCGCUGUCCCGACUACAACGCCUGUGAUUGUAUUAGGUCCUGUCACGUACACGUAUUACCACUACACAUUACCUUGGGAUUCAGCUCGCGCAACAUGUCAGAACAAUGGCGGCGAUCUUGCCUCUCUGGACUCCACACAGCGACUACAAGACGUCAUCGACUAUUUCAGUGUUUACAGAUCGAGGGGAUAUUCUGUUUACAAUUCUGUGUAUGCUGGUAUGAAACGGAGCUCCUCCAACAGCGUGCUCUACUGGAACAGUGGCAACACCGUUGGCAGCGUCACCGUCUGGGCAUCAGGCUACCCACGUGUGAGCGACGGUUGUGGGUACACAUCGCCAUUUGAAAGUUUUCAGAUGCGGACCGUUUAUUGUACCCAAGCUUUAGCCUUCCUGUGUGAAACACCAAUCGUCGCUGUCCCGACUACAACGCCUGUGAUUGUAUUAGGUCCUGUCACGUACACGUAUUACCACUACACAUUACCUUGGGAUUCAGCUCGCGCAACAUGUCAGAACAAUGGCGGCGAUCUUGCCUCUCUGGACUCCACACAGCGACUACAAGACGUCAUCGACUAUUUCAGUGUUUACAGAUCGAGGGGAUAUUCUGUUUACAAUUCUGUGUAUGCUGGCAUGAAACGGAGCUCCUCCAACAGCGUGCUCUACUGGAACAGUGGCAACACCGUUGGCAGCGUCACCGUCUGGGCAUCAGGCUACCCACGUGUGAGCGACGGUUGUGGGUACACAUCGCCAUUUGAAAGUUUUCAGAUGCGGACCGUUUAUUGUACCCAAGCUUUAGCCUUCCUGUGUGAAACACCAAUCGUCGCUGCCACGACUCCAACGCCUGUGAUUGUAUUAGGUCCUGUCACGUACACGUAUUACCACUACACAUUACCUUGGGAUUCAGCUCGCGCAACAUGUCAGAACAAUGGCGGCGAUCUUGCCUCUCUGGACUCCACACAGCGACUACAAGACGUCAUCGACUAUUUCAGUGCUUACAGAUCGAUGGGAUAUUCUGUGUACAAUUCUGUGUAUGCUGGCAUGAAACGGAGCUCCUCCAACAGCGUGCUCUACUGGAACAGUGGCAACACCGUUGGCAGCGUCACCGUCUGGGCAUCAGGCCACCCACGUGUAAGCGACGGUUGUGGGUACACAUCGCCAUUUGAAAGUUUUCAGAUGCGGACCAUUUAUUGUACCCAAGCUUUAGCCUUCCUGUGUGAAACUCCUAUUUGAGAAACCAGUUUAAUCAUUAUUGAACUAUAACAGACUGAGCACAAAAAUAAGGGAUCAUGAAUAUGUUAUGGGAUUCUUUGUAGUGAUGCACACAAUUCCAUAAAAAAAUAUUUUCUGGUUCAGUAUGUAUAGCGAGGCACCUCCCUGUGUAGCCAUGUAGCUGAUUCAAGAAAACGUUUUGUGCAUAGUAUCAACACGGCGGCAAACCCUUUGUUCAGCAGAUUCGUUUGCAAUAACAUAAAUUCUCCAAAAUAUUUAAUUAUUUUUAAAUGUUUAAGUUGUCAACGUCGAAAGGUGGAGAAUGGCUGUGUUAUCGUGUACAUAUUCGUCCCAAUUCGUUGAAAAUUCCUUACAUUAUUUUAAAUCCAAUUUAUCAAAACUACAGCUUAUAUUAUAAUAAAAGAUUCCCAACUUAAUCUUAUAUACCUGUCUAUCCAAAUUCUUGUACAUUCAAAAUUAGCUACUUUUAUUAUUCUACUUUUAUUUAAUUUUAAUUAUUUUACUUUCCAUAUGUUUUAUAUAAACUUAAUAUUACUUUGAUAAAAGUUAUCCAGGCUUUUUUCAUUUCACAUCCUACUUAAAUAAACAAUAAGCCGUCCAAGUUCAUACCGAUAGGCACAAAAUCAACAUGUCCAUUGUCCAAACAUAAUCCCCUUCUAUUUUUAUUCUAUACCCGUCAGCGUCUACUAGUGAGCGUAGCUCAAUCACCGCCAGUGUCUACCUACCCAUCACCUCUAAUUAUCGAUCUACCGCAAGGCAAACCUUAUACCAGAUGCAUUGUUUUUAGAAAGUAACCCUCUUAUCGUUAAUGUCAAACAGUAGGUUAGUAAAACUUGGGAAAUCAGUCAGUCAUUACAAGACUUAGGUCAGAAAUUCUUAUGCAAUCAGAAUUGGCGUUACAUACUUUUGACCAAUAACAGUAAAGGCGCAGUUCCAGCUCCUCGGCCUCUCAACUAUAUAAAAAAACCAAGCAGAUGCCCCAUUGGUAUCACAUCUGCUCAAGAAUAAAUACUGGAACUGUCGCCAUCAACUCUGUGAUUUAUAUUCUCAACUUUAUGUUCUAAGGUUACCCAAAUAUAUGUGAGAG